CUUGGACGCGUUUCCAAAAGUACCUGAACUUUGCAUUGAGACGAGCACAAGAGGCGGUACAAUUACGUUGAUUACAACAGCAGUAAUUACUUUUCUUGUGCUUUCUGAAAUCAUAUAUUACUUUAACGUCACGUUUCGUUACGAUUACCAAGUUGAUGUUGAUUUUGAUUCAAAAGUUUGGCUUAAUUUUGACAUCACAGUUGCUACACCUUGUACUUUGAUUGGAGCAGAUGUUUUAGAUGUUACUGGGCAAGCUACUGUGUUUGAAAAUGAGGUGUAUGAGGAGCUUACAUUUUUCCGGCAAUCAAACACUGCAGCUGCUCAAAGGAAAGCUCUGCUUAGAAUGAAAGAAGAACUACUUACACCUGAGAAUGGAAAGAAAAUGAGUGAAAUAACUUUACAGUCAAACUUUAACCCAAACUUGAUGUUUAAAAACAGAAAGUUGGAUAAUGUAGGGAUAAAAAUGGAUGCUUGUAGGUUUUAUGGGAAUCUUCCGUUAAAUAAAGUUGCAGGCAACUUCCAUAUAGUAGCUGGUAAGCCAAUCCAGAUGUUUGGUGGUCACGCCCAUCUUUCCAUGAUGUUUUCACCCAUCCCAUAUAAUUUCUCGCAUAGAAUUGACCAUUUUUCAUUUGGAAACAUGAAGACUGGUUUCAUCAAUGCUUUGGAUGGAGAUGAAAGAGUUACAUCAUCUGAAAGUUAUAUUUUUCAAUAUUACUUGGAUGUCGUCUCCACGAAGAUAAAUUCUCGUCGAAUAACGACCGAUACUUUUCAGUUCUCAGUGUCUGAACAAUCUCGUGCAUUGGACCAUGCCAGUGGUAGCCAUGGACAACCUGGUGUAUUUUUCAAAUACAAUUUCUCACCACUUUCUGUUAUGAUAACUGAACAGAAAAUGCCGUUUUAUCGCCUGCUUGUAAGACUAUGUUCUAUAGUUGGAGGAAUUUUCGCUACUUCUCAUGUAUUGAAUGCCCUGCUAGGCUGCCUGCCUGGAUUUACUAAGCAGAGUGAAUCAAGUAAAUUAAUUACUAAUCCACCUGCUGCAGAAAAACCAAUGCCUACUGUUAGCUUAAAAGAAAUACCUGAGCCAGAGUCCCCAUUUCAAACUGUAAGCCUUGAUAAUAAUACGUGAACCCUUAUUCUUACCCCACCCACUGUACGCUUUUUAUUUUAUUUUACCCAUUUUUCCGAUUGCGCCAUGUAUUUUGGGAGAAUAUUUACGUUUUAAUUUGUCAGAUGCUGCUAGAGAUUUUUUCAUUCGUGUGUUUAAUAUUUGUAUUCUCAAUUGCAAAACUGUCAGUGAUAUGUGAAUUGCACCAUGGUGGUUAAGAUAAAAAAAGGCCACCUUAAAUCCUCAUUCUGCAUGUAUAUUGCCAUCUUUUAUUUUCACCCAAAACAUUAGAAUUCUGAUAUUAUGUUAUUCAAGUAUAUCUUUCAUUACUGAGUGAUGACCACAAACUUUUUACUAAUGCGAUACAAAACAUCUUAUGUUUAUUUUAUUUCUAUGUUUGGCAUCACUUUUCGUUUUAUUUUGCCAAAGGUGCCAAAUUAGAGCAAUUCUUCUACUGUAUAACACCAACUUUGUUUCUUUACCCAG